CGAGUACCAGCUGGUACCACGGGCUCCUCAUCCUCCUCCGGGACUUCAUUUGUUGGUGCGUCUGAAAUCAGGACAUGGAACUGAAAUCGAAGAGUAAACCUGGGAACGUUCUCCUCGGAUGCAUCGUCGCCGUCUGCUUUUGUACAGUUUGCGGGGCUGAAAGACUGUGCACGGUUCCGCCGGGCCCGGUGACGGUCCCUGAGAACAACACGGCGGACGUCCAGCUGGUGAAGAUCAGCUCGGUGGACGAUGUGACUCUGACGGUCACAGUGAACCCUGAAGAUCUGUUCUACCUGCGAGGAAACGCUCUGAUGGUGAAGAAGGGACUCGACUACGAGUCUCUGUCCACUGCAGCUCUGGUGGUUUGGGUCCAGUGCAGCAGAGCCGGGUCCAGAUCUGUGAACGAGUCUGUUGAAGUUCUGGUAGAAAACGUGAACGAUAACCCGCCGAACUUCGCUCAGAACCACUUCGUACUGGAAGUGAACGAGCUCACGACGGUCAACUCCACCGUCGGACUGAUCGAAGCCACAGACGUCGACUCGGAGCCGCUGUACUAUCGCUUAGAGUCCGCGACAGUAAGAACUGGACCCAGUGGUUCUGAUAAGUAUUUCCGUCUUGAAAGCAUCAACAGUCCAAAGAUCUUGGUGAAAAGCCUGCUGGACUACGACGUGGUGCAGAAGAUCUCUCUGGUUCUUCACGUGCAGGACACGUUCAACGGUUCGGCGUCCGACGAGCCCUUCUUCACGUCCGUGGCCUCCAUCACGGUGCACGUGAAGGACGUCGACAACCGGCCGCCCUGGUUCCAGCCGUGUCUGAGGACCAACUUGGGAAUCGCCAAACUGUGCGUGAGCGGCGGCUACAGAGGACGAGUCAACCUCACCGAGAAGGAGGAAGGUCCGCUGGUGCUGGAACCUGGUCCGGUGUUCGCCAAGGACGGAGACAAGAACCGGAGCGAGCUGAUCAGCUACAGAAUCCUGCGAGGAAACGAGGGAAACAUUUUCCAGAUCGACGAGGAAACAGGAAACAUCACCAUGACGAAGGCCGCUGACAUCGUCGGCCCGAUAACUCUCACAGUUCUGGCGUCACAGGUGACCAACAGGGAUCAGUUCGCGGUGACUCAGGUGACCAUCGAGGUGAUGAAGAAGAGCAGGAACCCUCCUCGCUUUGAGAGGGAGCGAUACGAAGGUUUCAUCUACAGCAACUCGGUCCCAGAGAGCAUGAUCCUCCGGGACCGGAGCACCAACCGGCCCUUCAGAGUCCGAGCUCGAGACGAGGACUUCGCUGCUGGUGUGAAUCCAGAUGUGAAGUACGAGGUUCAGUACAGCAGCUACGUCAACGUGACCUCGGACGGCUUCGUGAUCCUGAAGCGAGUCGUGAAGACGGAGUCCUUCGCGCUUCAGCUCAGAGCAGUCGACGUCACGACGGGAGAGUUUGGAACAGCUGCCCUCUCUGUUCAGGUCAUACCUGCCGUGGCGAUCCCGUCUCCCUCCAACGUCGGGUACCGUCCGGGCGACAUGGCGCUCCUGGGCCUGGUGAUGGCGGCUCUGCUGGUCCUCUGCCUCAUCGUGAUCGGAUUCCUGAUUUCCCGCUUGUACAAGGGAAGCGGCAGCAUGGACAAAAUAUGUGAGUGCCUGGGCCCCUGCCUGAAGUCCGACCAGCCGCGCUCCGGCCACAGGGACUCGCUGCAGUACACCAACGACGGCUUCCAGAACGAGGGCGACCAGAGCCGCGGGGGCGCCAGGCGCUUGAACAACGUCGUCCCCAGACGGAGCACCUUCCCCCAGCCGCGAGGCCGGGUCAUCCCCCUGGAGAGACGGAACCGCCACUGCUCCUCCUGUGGCGUCUACACCAACCACGUCCCCAAGGGGAGCCCCUCGGUGAGGCAGUCCAGGAGAGGCCGAGGAGACGGGGACGAAUACAGCUCCAGAUCCAUCCUGACCCGGCAGAGGAGGAAGGAGGGCCAGAAGACGGUGUGGUUCAAGGAGAGCGAGGACUCCUCCGACAUCGAGGUGGAGAUUAUCCCAGACACUGUAGGCCGGGUGGAGGAGGAGACUGAGGAGGAGCUGGAGGGAGAGGUGGAGAUGGAGGGGGUCGUCAGAGACCCGGCAGCCCCGCUGAGAGAGUCUGACGGCGGGCAGGAGAACCAGAACACAGAGUCCGGUGAGGAGCAGGACGAUGGAGGCAGCUCAGAACAAAAGAAGGGAAGCGAGGAGCAGGAGGGCUGACAGAGGUCAGAGGUCAAACUUGAGUCGGAGGAAACGUUCACCAAACUGAGCUGUUUGUUUUCAUGUCACUUUUUGGAGUCGACGGCCCGAAGCAGAGGCGUCAGCAGCCCAACACCUCCAGGUACCUGCCACACCUCAAGAAAACCACCCAUCCAAACAGUUUGUUCUCUACUGUGAGUAUCUCAGAAUGCAGAGUGAUGAAACAAACUCUGCUCCACAAGUGUUGAUCCAUCUGGUGUUGACUUUGGUCUUAUUCUGGUAGUUCUGGUUGUCAUUUCUCUUGGUAAUACGAUGAUUACCUCACAAACAGACGACCUGCUGUAGUGGAAACAACGCAGCACAGACUCAAGUCAAGAAUUUACCACAAAAAUAUCCCAAUUCCUUGUGUUCUGUGUCUGGUACCGGCCCACAGACCAGAUGCUGGGAACCACAGAGUCACUGGACUGAAACUACUAAAAUAAGAUCCAAGUCAUGAUUCAGCAUCUGGUGGGCGACAAACAAAGAUUUCUUGAUACCACUUUCUACAAAGGCAUCAUUUAUAAACGGAGUCGAUAAGUUUUAACGAGAGCUUUGACCAACGUUUCAUUACGGAUUCUUUUCAAUCUGCAGAUUAAUUUCUCAGUUAAUCCAUUCAUUGUUUUGCCUAUAAAACACAAGAAAAAACAGGGGAAAAAAGCGCCCGUCACAAUCUUCUGAAGCCAAAUGUGACGUCUUCAAAUGUCUCGCCAACAGUUCAGAACACAAAGAAAUUACUUUUAUUAAAACAUCAAGUGAAGAAACACAUUUGAGAAGCUGGAACCAUGAAAAGUUUGUAGUUUUUGAUAAAUCUCUUGAUUCUGUUAACUGUUUUUGAAGCUCUAGUUGCAGCUAACGGCCUGAACAGAUUAUCACCAGAUGAAAACACCAGAAGCCCCGAAGAUCCCAAACUGAUUAUUAACCUUUAAUAAACCUGUUAUAAAGGCUGCCUUGUAGAAAGUGGUAACAAUGUUGAUUUGUCAGAUUCCCUUUAUUUUAUUCCAUCAGUUUGUUCCCAAAUAACUUCAUCGAAUUUCCUGAAAAUGUACUUUAGUUUGCAGGAUUUGUGUUUGAUGAUAUAAAGGAUUUUAUUCCCUUCACCUCCGGUCGGGUCGGGAAGCCAAGCGGACCAGCACACGGGCCACAAACUGACGACAGAUGUGUGUGUGUGUGUGUGUGUGUGUGUGCAGUGAAAGUGGUCACUGCAGUGCUGUGAUUGUUUCACUCUCAUCUCCACUCUGCACACUUUCUGUACGAUGCUUUACUAAACUGAACCAGAAGUGUUCUGGAUUUUAUAGUGAAACAUUAUGUGAAGACAAACGUUAUCUACUGAAUACUAAACAGCUGAGAGGACGGUUUUAUGUGGACUGUAUUUUAUUUUAAGUAAAAUAACUACUUUUAUGGAUAAAUAUACUGUGGUUAAUGUGAAGUUGACUUUUUGUACAUUAAAGCGAUCGAGGGAAUAAUAAAGUUUGAAGGGU